AGGGACUGGGGACUCCCAUGGGUCCACCUGGGCGAUGCUGUGGGUCCUGCCAGGGCUACCACGGGUCCACGUGGGCAAGGCUGUGGGUGCCACCGGUGACUCCAUGGGUGGUGCUUUGGGUGCUGGGACCACCUGGGUGCCCCAGGGCUGUGGGGGAACCCUGCGGGCGAGGCGGCGGGUGCUGGCUGGGUGCUGACGUGUGUCCCCAUGCAGGCCCAACGCGGGGAGCACCCAUGGAGCUGCUGGGGGGGCCGGAACUGGCCGACCUGGUGGCCUCGCUGCCCGGGUUCCUGCUGGCCGUCACCCGCGAGGGGAAGCUGGUCGGCGUCACCGACAACGUCGCGCAGCACCUGGGGCACUCCAUGGUGGACCUGGUGGCACAAGGUGACAGCAUCUACGACCUGCUGGAUCCAGCUGACCACCCGUUGGUGCGACAUCAGCUCAACCUGCCCGGGCCCCCCCAGGCAGAGCGCCUCUUCCGCUGCCGCUUCACCACCUCGCGGGCCUCGCGCCGUCCCAGCGCCGGGCGGAAGCUGGUGCUGCUGCGGGGCCGCUUCCAGGCCCCCCCUGGACCCCCCGGGGCUUCUCCGGGGCUUUUCGUCGCCUUCUGCGCCCCACUGGACCCCCCACCCUGGCCCUGCCCCGACUGCCUGCUCCUGCCCGCCUUCCAGAGCCGCCAUGCCCGCGACCUCGCCCUGCUCGACGUCUCUGAUAGCGUCCUGAUCCACCUGGGCUACGGGCGGGGGGAGCUCCUGGGUCGCUCUUGGUACCGGCUCCUGCACCCUGAGGACCUUGGCCACGUCGCCCGCCAGCACCUCCGCCUCGCGGGAGCAGGGGCAGAGGUGCGAGGGGAGCUGGUGACACGGCUGCAGCGCAAGGAUGGCCUGGGCUGGACAUGGGUCUACGCCCGCCUGCGCCCUGAGGGCCCGGCCCUGCUCGCCCACAACUUCGUCAUCAGCGAGGCUGAGGCCUGGUGCCUGCGGCAGCAGCUGGCAGCUGAGGCCCCCCCGGGCCCCCCUGAACCCUUCGGCCCCGGCCUUGACUUGCCCGGUGCUGGCAUCGGAGCUGGUGGGGACCUGGGUGUCGGCGCCAGUCCCGGCAUUGGCCUUGGUGUUGGUCCUGGCGUUGGCUCCAGUGUUGACCUCAGUGUUGGAUCCGGGCUUGGAGACGACGUUGGAGCUAAUGUUGGUGUCAGCAUUGGCCUUGGCCUUGGCGUUGACGUUGGGUGCACCGUUGGAGCCGACGUUGGACAUGGUCUUGGAGCCGGCCUUGGGGCCAAUGUUGACCCUGGUCUUGGAGCCAACAUGGGACCUGGUCUUGACACCAACAUGGCGUCUGGUCUUGGAGCUGCUGUCGGACACGGUCUUGGAGGCAAUGCUGGAGCCAACGUUGACCCUGGUCUUGGAGCCGGUGUUGGAGUGAAUGUUGGAUGUGGUCUUGGAGAUGGUGUUGGACAUGGUCUCGGCACUGAUGUCGGUGGCGGAGUUGGGAUUGGUGUGGGAGCCGGCAUCAGAGUCAAUGUUGGCCUUGGCGUGGCAGCCGGUGCCAGUGCCGAUGUUGGCCCCAACCUGGGGGCUGAUAUUGGAGCUGCUCUCGGAGCCGGUGCCAGAGAUGACAUUGGAGCUGGUCUCCAAGCCAAUGGUGGAGUAGACGUUGGCCCCAGUCUCGGAGCUGGCGUCGCACUCAGCGUCGGGGCCAACAUUGGACCUGGUCUCGGUGGUGGUGUCAGAGCCAGCGUUGGGCUUGGCAUUGGGGCUGUUGGCCCCGCUCUUCCAUCUGAUGUUGGUGCCGGUGUUGGAGUCGCCGUUGGUGCCAGCGUUGGAGCCAACCUAGGUGCUGGAGUUGGCACCGGUGUCGGAGUUGGCCUUGGAGCCAACGUUGGAGCCAACGUUGGCUCCAGUCUUGGAUCCUCUGUUGGACUUGGCCUUGGAGCUGCUCUUGGAGCCAACGUUGGCUCCACUCUUUCAUCUGGUGUUGGACCUGGUGUUGGACUUGCCGUUGGAGCUGCUGUUGGAGCUGGCGUUGGCUCUUCUCUUGGAUCUGGUGUUGGACUUGCCAUUGGAGCUGGUGUUGGAGCCAACGUUGGCUCUUCUCUUGGAUCCAGUGUUGGACUUGCCAUCGGAGCUGGUGUUGGAGCCAACGUUGGCUCUUCUCUUGGAUCCGGUGUUGGACUUGCCGUCGGAGCUGGUGUUGGAGCCAACGUUGGUGCUGCUCUUGGAUCUGAUGUUGACGUUGGUGUUGGACUUGGUGUUGGAACCAACGUUGGCUCUGCUCUUGCAUCUGAUGUAGGAUCCGGCGUUGGACUUGGCAUUGGAGCUGCUGUUGGAGCCAACAUUGGUGCCAGUGUUGGCUCCGGUCUUGGAUCUGGCGUUGGACUUGGCCUGGGAGCCAACGUUGGCUCCACCGUUGGCUCAGCUCCUGGAUCUGAUGUUGGUGCCGGCAUCGGACUUGCUGUCGGAGCCAGCGUUGGAGCCAGCAGUGGCUCUGCCCUUGGAUUCGCUGUUGGAGCCGCGCUUGGUGCCAAUGUCGGCUCCGGGCUUGGUCCCGACAUCGGCACCUCUGUUGGACUCAGCCUUGGAGCCAACAUGGGAGCCAACAUUGACUCCACCCUUGGAACCGGCGUUGAUGCUGCCAUUGGACUUGGCGUGGGAGCCACUAUUGGAUCCGGUGUUGGAUCUGGCGUUGGACUUGGUGCUGGAGCUGCCGUUGGAGCCAGCGCUGGCUCUACCCUUGGAUCCACCAUUGGCCUUGGCCCCAGCCUUGACCCUACUCUUGGAUCCGGUGUUGGCCUCAGUGUUGGAGCUGCUGUUGGAGCCAACGGUGGCACCGGACUCGGCACUGGACUCGGCCUUGGGGCCAACCUCACCCCCAGCAUCGGCUCCUCCUUGGGCCCCGCCAUCGGCGCCACCCUUGGAGCCACCAGCAGAGCCAACGCCGCUGUGGGUUUGGCCGUAGGCGCCCGCCUGGUGCCGGGCCUGGGGGUCCCCGAGACGCCAGGGGGAGCCACCGAGACCUGGACACCCCCCUACACCCCCCGGCAAGCUCCGCCCUUCGCCUUCGGCCCCCCGGAACCCCCCGAAGCAGCCACCGAAAAAUUACCGCCGAGUCCUGAGAGUCCCGGGGGGCUCCCGGGUGGGACCCCCGGGUCCCUCCUCACCCCCGAGACGUCACCGCCCCCACCCCCGCCGGCACCCCCCGGCCCAGCUUUGCGUCGCCUGCUCCAAGGAUUGGCCGCCGCCGCCGCCACCACCACCACCGGCGUCAACCGCGGGGGACCCAGGCGUUCGGGGGGGACCCCCAGCCCCCGCCCGCCCCCCCCGCCCCGGUCGCCCCGCGACCCCUUCGCUGAGUUGUAUCAACUCCCCCAAAGCCGCCUCCAGGACGCCUUCCGCCAAGCCGGAAGCCAGCGCGCCCCGUCCUUCUGAACUAAGUCUGUGACGCGACUUGCCCCCAGUAUGGCAUAUUGUCAUUGUCACCCCGGCCCGGUGCCACCGUCCCCCAGGCCCCGGCCGUGUCCCCUUUCCCCCCCCACCGCCGCCCCCCCCCGGGGCCUUUCGUGCUAAUUUAACUCGUAACGAGUCUCUAAGGUAAUUGGGGGGGGGCUGGUGGCCUCCCCCCUCCCCCAGCCCGGACGCCUGGGUCCCCAUCCCCUGUUGUCCCCAAACACCCCCACCCCCCCCCCCAACUCUGGGACCUGUCCCCAAAUUUUGUGUCAGUGGGUGGCUUGGACCCACCUGUAGGAGCCACCCCCAAAGUGUCCCCAUCCCUUGUCACCCACCUUGUCCCUGUCACCCACCCUGUCCUCGUGUCCCUGGGGUCUGCGUUUUUGGCAGAGUCCCCCCCAAAAGCGUGUGUGUGUCACCCCCAAUGUCCCCAACCCAAGGGACCGAGACACGAUGUGGCUUGAUGUCCCCAACGACCCUGACCCGAGUGAUGGGGACAUCGUAGCUUGACGGCCCGAUGACCCCAAUGUCCCCAACUCAUGGGGCUGAGGCACAAUGUGGCUCAAUGUCCCCAGUGUCCCCAACCCAAAGGAUGGAGACACACCAUGGCCCGAUGUCCCCAGUGUCCCCAACCCAAAGGAUGGAGACACACCAUGGCCCGAUGUCCCCAGUGUCCCCAACCCAAAGGAUGGAGACACGCCGUGGCCCGAUGUCCCCAGUGUCCCCAACCCAAAGGAUGGAGACACGCCAUGGCCUGAUGUCCCCAAUGUCCCCAAAGUGGGGAUGUGGGCACCCAUUGCCCCAAGCCAUGGGGGCAUGGCUCGAUGUCCCCAGUGUCCCGAAGGCCCUCAAGUCCCUCGAGGGACUGUGAGAUGUCAUGGCCUGAUGUCCCCAAUGUCCCCAACUUGAGUGACAUUGUGGCUCAGUGUCCCCAGUGACCCCAACAUCCCCAGUGCCCCUGACAUCCCCAGUGUCCCCAAUGUCCCCAAGGUCCCUGAUGUCCCCAACAUCCCUAAUGUCCCCAACGUCCCUGAUGUCCCCAACGUCCCCGAUGUCCCCAACGUCCCCCACCCAAGACAUCGAGACACGUCGCAGCGCGAUGUCACCGAGCCUGAGGGACUGAGACUCAUCACAACUCGAUGUCCCCAACGUCCCCGAGGGACCUCAUCACUGCUGUGACCCAAAGGACCGAGACCUGGCACAGCUCAGUGUCCCCAGAGUGUCCCCGAAGGAUGUGGACACCACCUGAAAGGACUGAGACAUGUCACAGCCCAAUGUCCCCAAGGGACACGGGCACCUCGUCGUCACCUCGGCUGGAGGGACUGAGACACAUUGUGGCUUGAUGUCCCCAAUGUCCCCAAGGGACUUGGGACCUCGUCAUUGCCUUGGAUCAACAGACUGAGACACAUCAUAGCCUGAUGUCCCCAAUGUCCCCAACCCAAAGGACUGAGACCUGUUGUGGCCCGAUGUCCCCAACAUUUCCGAUGUCCCCAAAGGAUGUGGGACAUCGUCAUCGUCCUGGAUCAAGGGAUGGAGACCCACCACAGCCCGAUGUCCCCAGUGUCUCCAUUGUCCUUGAAGGAGGUGGGACACUGUCACCACCCUGGCUCGAGGGACAGACACCCACCACGGCCAGAUGUCCCCAACGCCCCCGAUGUCCCCAAAGGAUGUGGGACAUCGUCACCGCCCCAGCUCAAGGGACUGAGACCCAUCACAGCCUGAUGUCCCCAAUGUCCCCCUGGUGUCCCCAACAUCCCUCGUGUCCCCAGGGGCUGUGGGACAUUGUCAUCGCUCUUGACUCAAGGGAUGGAGACCCACCACAGCCUGAAGUCCCCCAUGUCCCCACCGUGAGGGACUGGCCCCCAUUGGCCCCCAUGUCCCCACCCAAGGGACUGAGACACGUGGUGGCCCCACAGCCCCCACCUCCCUCCCCGAUGUCCCCAACGUCCCCUGGAGGCGCCGCUGCCACCGACA